CCCCAUCCUCCGAGAGGGAGGAGGCCGCCAAGUGGUGAUGCUGCUGAUUCUAUCGCCUCGACUGCUGGAUACUCUAGUAGGGCUUGGGAGGGUGGUUCCUAUUCGCACCAUCGCCAACCAGAGACGGAGGGGGAAAAAAAUCCCAGCAGCCGCUGCUUGAUGUUGGGUUCGGAGGCUGCAUCCGACUCGGGCACAAGGAAAAUGGACUCAGUUUGCAUCUCUCCCUCCUUUCAACAGCUUCUCCGGGUCUCAGCAUGGGCUUCCAGGGCAGCGGCUGAGGAGACCUUACCAAGAAGCAUCACGCAGUAGAUGCUGAAACAUCGCACUCCGGAAUAAGAAGCAGUAACAUGGCAGCACCUGUUUGAAAGGAAUUAAAAGCCAACAGACUCAUUUAGAAAGGAACAAUGUCCAAGAAAGGGCGAAAUAAGGGCGAGAAGCCCGAGGCGCUCAUUGUCGCCCUUCAAGCUGCCAAUGAAGACCUCAGGACCAAGCUCACAGACAUCCAGAUAGAGCUGCAUCAAGAGAAGUCCAAGGUGUCUAAGCUUGAAAGAGAGAAGACUCAAGAAGCAAAGAGGAUUCGUGAACUGGAGCAGCGCAAGCACACGGUCCUGGUAACGGAACUCAAAGCCAAGCUCCAUGAGGAGAAGAUGAAGGAGCUGCAGGCCGUGAGGGAGAAUCUCAUCAAGCAGCACGAGCAAGAAAUGUCAAGGACAGUGAAGGUGCGGGACGGGGAGAUCCAGAGGCUCAAGUCGGCUCUGUGUGCUCUCCGCGACGGCAGCAGUGACAAAGUAAGGACCGCGCUCACCAUUGAGGCCCGGGAGGAGGCCCGGAAACUGUUUGAUGUGGAGCGCCUUAAGCUCUUACAGGAAAUUGCGGACCUGAAAACUGCCAAGAAGCAGGUGGACGAGGCUUUAAGCAAUAUGAUCCAAGCGGAUAAAAUCAAGGCCGGGGACCUGAGGAGUGAGCAUCAGUCCCACCAGGAAGCCAUCUCGAAAAUCAAGUGGGAGUCGGAACGGGAUAUCCGGAGGCUGAUGGAUGAAAUCAAAGCCAAGGACAGGAUCAUCUUUUCCCUGGAAAAGGAACUGGAGACGCAAACAGGCUAUGUACAGAAACUCCAGCUGCAGAAGGAGGCUUUGGAUGAACAACUCUUUCUGGUCAAGGAGGCUGAGUGUAACAUGAGCAGUCCGAAACGAGAAAUUCCAGGGAGAGCAGGAGAUGGCUCCGAACACUGCAGCAGUCCUGAUUUGCGAAGAAAUCAAAAGAGAAUAGCUGAAUUGAAUGCCACUAUAAGAAAAUUAGAAGACAGGAAUACUUUGCUUGGAGAUGAACGAAAUGAAUUGCUAAAACGCGUGCGGGAAACCGAAAAGCAAUGUAAACCUCUUCUGGAAAGGAACAAGUGCCUCGCCAAGAGAAAUGAUGAACUGAUGCUGUCUUUGCAACGCAUGGAAGAGAAACUAAAAGCCGUGACCAAGGAAAAUUCAGAAAUGAGAGAAAAAAUAACAUCCCACCCGCCCUUGAAGAAAUUAAAAUCUCUGAAUGACCUCGAUCAAGCUAAUGAAGAACAAGAGACAGAGUUUCUAAAACUUCAGGUCAUUGAACAACAGAACAUUAUUGAUGAGCUCACCAGGGACCGAGAAAAACUCAUCCGUAGGAGGAAGCAUAGAAGAAGUUCCAAGCCAAUUAAGAGGCCUGUUUUGGACCCAUUCAUUGGCUAUGACGAGGACUCAAUGGAUUCCGAGACGUCAUCUAUGGCCUCGUUUAGAACAGACCGAACACCAGCUACUCCAGAUGAUGACCUGGAUGAAAGUUUAGCAGCUGAAGAAUCUGAGCUACGAUUUCGACAACUAACAAAAGAAUACCAGGCCCUCCAAAGAGCGUACGCCCUCCUGCAGGAGCAGAGCGGAGGUAUCAUUGAUGCUGAGAGAGAAGCCAAGGCUCAAGAACAGCUCCAAGCAGAGGUGCUAAGAUAUAAAGCCAAAAUUGAAGAUCUGGAAGCGACUCUGGCUCAGAAAGGGCAGGAUUCACACUGGGUAGAAGAUAAACAACUUUUCAUUAAGAGAAACCAGGAGCUUUUAGAAAAGAUAGAAAAACAGGAGGCAGAAAAUCACCGGUUACAACAGGAACUGCAGGAUGCCCGAGACCAGAAUGAGCUGCUGGAAUUUCGAAACCUAGAGCUAGAAGAAAGAGAGCGACGAUCCCCUCCAUUUAAUCUACAAAUUCACCCGUUCUCAGAUGGUGUGAGUGCUCUCCAGAUCUACUGUAUGAAAGAAGGUGUCAAGGAUGUGAAUAUCCCUGAUCUCAUAAAGCAGCUCGAUAUCUUGGGUGAUAAUGGGAAUCUGAGAAAUGAAGAACAAGUGGCCAUAAUUCAGGCCAGCACUGUACUGUCCCUGGCUGAGAAGUGGAUCCAGCAAAUUGAAGGAGCAGAGGCUGCCCUGCACCGGAAAAUGAUGGAAUUGGAAAGUGACAUGGAACAAUUUUGCAAAAUCAAAGGCUAUCUGGAGGAAGAACUAGACUACAGAAAACAAGCUCUCGACCAAGCAUAUAUGAGAAUCCAGGAACUAGAAGCUACUUUGUACAAUGCUCUGCAGCAAGAAACUGUUAUCAAGUUUGGUGAAUUAUUAAGUGACAAACAGCAAGAGGAGCUGAGGGCAGCAGUAGAAAAGCUACGUCGGCAAAUGCUGAGGAAGAGCAGGGAAUACGACUGUCAGGUCCUGCAGGAGAGAAUGGAGCUUUUACAGCAAGCCCAUCAGAGAAUUCGUGACUUGGAAGAUAAAACAGACAUCCAAAAAAGACAGAUAAAGGACUUAGAAGAAAAGUUUCUGUUUCUAUUCUUGUUCUUCUCUCUUGCCUUUAUUCUAUGGCCUUGAUGUCAAGGUGCCUCUUAAAGAGUAACCGAAAACACGGAUAAGACCCCACAAAGGCAAAUGCUUCUAAACCUUCAAAGAUGGCAGAAAUGUUUACAGCAGUGAGAGGGAGAUCAAAAGCUAAGAACUACCCUGUAGCCAGGACUACAACUGUGUAUUUUAAAGCCAUUAUUCAAGGUUUCUUACUUGACAGUUCCUACAUGACCCUGUUGAAAAUCUACAAUAUAUGCUGCAUUUAAUGAAACCUGUAUAUGUCAAACCAGAAGAAAAGAACUAUAAACAUAUAUUGUGUAAAGAAAAAAAAUUCAGCAAUGGAAACAGUUUCAGCAGAUCAAGCAAAGAUGUGUCUUGGGCAUGGAACCAAAGUUACAAAGAAACAUUCUACCCCUGCUGUGCAGGGGGGGUCAUUUUACUGUAACACCACACCCCAUGGAAACACUAGUCCUGAAAUAUCAUUUUAAAAAAAUCAAAACAAAACAAACAAAAAAAAAACAAGGGUGGGUGGGGAAUGAAGCACGAGGAAUACCUAUCAGGAGCUAUUUACAAUAAAAUGUUUCAUUUAAAAAGUCUGGUUUCUUACUACAGGGAUUUGCUUUUCUGUCUUUAUUAUUGUUUAAAACUCAGGAACAGAGACAUCUGCAAUGUGAAUGGGAAGAAAAGCACUCUCCGGUUUGUUUUUCUGCAGAAGGUGGAGCUGGUGGAAUGCUUUCAUUCCACAGAUAACCGAUGAGAAGUGGAUCACAGUGACCCCAGCUACACUGGCAACCAAGAUGAAGGACCCAGGCGAAUGUAACAUUAGAAGUAAAAGCAGAUUUGAUGCUUCCUUGACCUUCUGUCACAUCUGUGUUCCUCCUCGAACAACAGACUGAUCUUAUUCAUAUUGAAAAUUAAGAAGAUGAUGCUCUAAAUCACAAGCUCCCUAACUUAGUUCUGUUUAGAAUGCCAGCAUCUCUAAGGGAACAUGGGCCAGAGAGCAUCUCUGAACUUUUCAGUUUCCAAAAUACUGGUUUUCAAAUGGCUGCUUACAAUUGCCUGCAGAUAAAUGUUAUAUGAUUUGAGUAAAAACACCAUAGAGGCGAUAAGCAAACUUCUACCAACUAUUGAGUUCGCCACAGAGAUGUGAAUAUUAAACUAAGUUAUGAUUAUUUUUUAAAAUGUCCUGAUAUGCCUAGAGCACUCGGACCUUUCGUCAUAUAGACUGACAACAUUUUUUUCCCAGAGAGCUAACAGCAACAAGACAGCUCUGCUAUUUUAUACAGAAGUAACAUUAUGUUACUGAUAGGUUGUUUUCUACCAGAGACAACUAGAAGACUGGUACUUUUCCUAAGUUAUGUAAUACCAAGUCUUGGAUUCAGGUCUGAGAGCAAAUAAAUGUUCCUGAAAACCUAAUUUUACAACUCAUUUACUGUAAAUAACAAAACAGCCUCAAUUUUUCAAGUUGUCAAGGUUUUAUUUACAGGGCUAGAAUUCCUAUGCAUAGAGAAUAUGUAGGGAGCCAGAAACUCUUUCUAUGAAAUGCUACCCAAACCAACCCAACUCCACCUCCCCACCCCCAUACAUGAGUUCAGUAUCUUAUUCUUCAGAUUUACCCCCUGGCUUUUUCAAAGUCAGCACAAUAACUGAAUAACGUACAAGAAAAGCUAGAAUGCUGAGGUCCACUUUUUGUUCUUAUAUUUACUGCUGACACAGGUAUCUUUAGCCCAGUCACUUAACCUCUCUGUGCCUCAGUUUCCUCAUCUGCAAAAUGAGGUUAAAUGCUUUUUCAUAAAGUUUCUUUUUUUGCAAUUCUGGAACAAGAGGUGCUUAAGGUAGCACAAAGUGCUUUGUAAUUAUUAUGACUGCUAUAUUAUUUGAAUUUCUUGUAUUGUUGAGAAAAAGUCCCCUGUGUAAUAAAAUAGUGCUUCAGUUUGGUUAAAUGUAAGCCCUGCGGCACUGAAGCUUUCCCAUCAAACUACCUGGGACAUUACUAGCAAUAAAGAUUGAGAGAUCCAAAGCCAGGGUCUCUAAUAACGUGUAGUAUGUAGAUCAUCUCAUGAUACUGAACCAGGUAGGAGAAUGUGUCCUUUCAAUGGUGAGAAUCUCCUAGCUCUCUUUACUGCAUAUGCAUGCCAUAAUACAAAACCACUUUUACCGUAGGAGAGCCAACCAUCGAAUUAAGGCCUGGAGUGAACUGAUAGCAUCACAUAAUGAAUCUGAUGAUCCCUUUCGUUUUGGGGGGAGGUCCAGUGAUGUGUCCUACAAAAUAAUAAUCCUUCUGCUGGAUUCUUUGUUCAACUGGGUAGGUUCCCGAUUACGUAUGAAUAGUAGAGUCGUUGUGCAGGCAUCGUGAAAGAUGGUGCCACUACAGUCUGUGACCCGACCCUUUCAAAUUCAGAAGAGAUAGACAAGGGUAAGUUACUGUCCUGCAUCUUCAACUUUGCUACUGCUCUUCUUUGGCCAUUCCAGGGUCCAUCUGAGCAAAUUCAUACUCCAUCUCCUCCACCAAACCUACUUUCCUUCUCUUCAUCUUACUUUCCCCACCAGGAAACUUGUAGUUUAAAUUUUAUUUCCAAGCACUGAGUAGUUUAAAUGAUUAGAAAUAUUUGUGAACAUACUGUUUAAUCGUAUACAUUAUGUGCUAUAAAUCUGAUUGCAUCACACACAAAAAAUCAUACAAGAGAAAUGACAGCUCAAACGACGAUCUAAGCAGCUUUAGGUGUGUUUAGGGCAAAUGAGAAAGGAAGUGUUCUUUCUUGUUAAAAUCUAGAUUAACAAAUUUCUCUAGCUUUUAGGCUAAAAGGUGAUGUUUUUACCAAGUCUUGCUCAUGAUCUUCAAAAUUAACAUAUUAUUGGUUAAGGCCAAGUAUUUUAUAGGUUAUCCAUUUCCACAAUUAUAAAAAUAUCAGCAAAAUUGUAAAUGUAUGUUACAAUCACUCAUGGAUCCAUGGAAAUGGACCUUAACUAAAAGAAUGCUUCACUUGUAGGUGAUGUUUAACAAUAGUAGAAAGAAUGUCUUAUUAAUAAUAGAUAGGUUGAUUGUAGCCCCACUUCUUACAAAAAGCAGAUACUCCCCACUCUUAUCUUUAAUUUCUUCAUCUUAACUGUCCUGAUACAUUUGGCCAAUGAGAUAGUAGCAAUCAGAACAGUAUUAUUCAGGGUUAAUUUACUUCAUUUUUUCUUAACAAAAUAUCACCUCUUGGAAAAUAAACAUAACUGACAAUAUUCAAAAGUAGUUUGAGGUCAAAUGAAAGCCCCAAUUUAGCACAGUUAUUCAAGAUUGGAAAUUGUUUAUGAGAAAGGAAAAAAAAUGGAAGACUAUAUUUGGCUGUAAGACUAGAAAGCGUCUAUUACUAAAUGGACUUUAUUUUAAUGCUACCCCAGUUUUAUUUUAGGAAACACUAGAAUUUGCAGAAAAUAAGUAUAAGAUCUGUUUUUAACCUAUUUCAUAUAAAUGAAAUUAUUGCCAAUCAUGAGAUUUUAGGGAUGAAAGGAUAAAUUUUAUUAUCUUCCAUUCACAAAUAACUGCUCAUGUAGGUGGCAUGGUUCUUCAGAAGGAUAGAGGUAAUGUAGGGGGCUCAGGAGUCAUCACUGGAGUAGAAAGGGGACAUUUUGUUCUCCACUACUAACAGGAAAUAAAGGUUUGCCAAAUAAUUUUCACUACAGUAUUUUAUUUCGACUUUGUUUUCAGUUUAGAAUGAAUCUCUGGCAAACUAGUUCCUUUUUGCCUAUUGUCAACUUUUUCUGUAAAACAUGUAUUUCAUAUAUGUUCAAUGUCUUCAAUGUAAUUUACAAGUUUAUUGUUUUAAAAUGAAUUAAGUUUUUUUUAACCUGCCUAGGUUUUCAUGGAAACUGUAAAAAUAAUACUGAUCAGUUGUGUGUUGAUGUUUAAAUAAUUGGAGAAUAUGCGUUAUGUUUCUCCAAAAUAGAGGGAAAGCAUAGACAUUUUAUUUUUUAAAUAUUGAAUUGCAUUUUUUGAUCUGUCAAAGAAUGGCACAGAAAAUAUAUAUAUUUAUCUACUAUAUUGAAAAAGUUCAAUCUAACUUUUGAGAGAUCAGUAAUCAAAGCUAAUCUUAGAUGACUGUUUAUGUAACGAGUUAAUGCUUCCAGAACGGGCCCAGGCCUUUCCUUAAGUGGACUUCUACUUUCUAAGGGAAAAAAGUAGGUCAUAAAGUCUAGAGGGAUGAAAGCUUCCAUUCCGUUCAACUGCUAUGUCAUUUCUACAUGACAUAUUGUUUGGAGACUGAAGUUCCGGCGUAUUGGCAAGAGAAUUCAGACACAAUAGAAGGUUGGGGUUGAUCCUCUGUGAUUCCAUUUCAGUACUGGGCAGAGCAGGUUGACAGUCCUUUGCUGCCUGUAGUUUGGCAGUUUAAUUCUUCCUAAAUAAAUCUUCUAUUGUUGAGAGUCCAAGUCCAAUAUUGAAUCAAAAUUACUAAAGAUAUACUUCAAGGGUCAAUGUGGCAAACAGAAAGAUUACAGUUUGCUUUGUUCAACAUAGUGUAUCAAACUCAGAGAUACAAGUGGUCGAUUGGGUGAAGUUCCCUAUUUUUGUCUUUGUGGUUUUGCAUUGAGGUUUUUGUACCGUGUUUAUAUUUCCAUCCUUGUUAUAGCAAAGUUCUAUGGGGUGGGAGUGGUGUGGAUAAACAAUUCUGAGUCCAAUUUUGCCUACACUCAAGAUUCCACAAACUUGCUAAAUUGCAGAUCCCCAAGCAUCCAUUAAUAACAGCAAUCAUUUAUAUUUGAUUGACAUUUCACAAAAUGUGCCUAUUUCCCCUGAUUAACCAUAAUAAUGAGGCAGAUCAAAGUCCAAACACUUAUAAAUAUGUGAUGUAUAUAUAUACGCAUAUAUAUUCUGUAUAUAGUAUGAUGGUUGAGUGCUUACUAAAUGUGUACUUCUGUCCUAGGAUCGAAGACUUAAGGAAGGGGAUUUUUCUGAUCCUGCUGGUAACUCAUGUUUUUGUUUAACAUCUGGUGUCUGUGCUCUUCCCCUCCUUGCUUGCCUCUUGUCCCUCCUACUCCACCUUCUGUUCAUUACUACGAUUCCCUGUUGGUGACUGAGGAAAAGAACUACCCAUUGGUUUUCCAAUUACUCAAGCCUUGUAGUGAUGCCGAUGGUUUUUUGGGAAGAGCAACUGUAAGUCCAGCACAACCUACAGUGUUUAUAUUAGCCAAAAGUCUUAUGUUUUUAUCAGCUAAAAAUCCCAUUUGCAGAAAGAUUCAUGCAUGUUUCAAGAUCCAAUUCUGUGGGGACUCAAGUAUGGAGCCAAUAUAGUUGAAUACCUAAUUCCCCCGAUGUCUACUGUAUCCAUGUAGCCAGGGGACCAACUUCUCAGAGCUUUCAUCCAAUCAGCUGCCUCAAUUGGGGUUCUUUCCGUCUCAUUAGCAUGACUCCAUAUAUUGCUUCAGUGCUUGUUUACUAAUGGAAGAAAAAUAUAAAUUGACUGCGUUUCACCAGAAUGAUCCCCUGAAGUACUCCGAACGUGUACAUGUACUGUAUGUAUUACCGUAGAGAUUGGAAUUAAUUUAUUGUACGUAAAGUUUUAUGAAUGGUUAUUUUAUAAUUUAUGUAUUAAACAUAGGAAUCAAUGAGCUCUGGUGUUUUAGUUUAUAUAAAAAUAAAACAAGCUGCAUUUUUUAAAACUUUAUCUUGACUUGUUCAUAGGUUUUUGUUUUGUUUUGAAUUGAAUGCUUACCUACUUUUGAAAAACAGGGUGAGCCUUUAAUCAGGGCUAACCGUGUCAUGACAGGGGACAAAUUCCACAUCAAGGAAAGUCUAGAUAUGACUCUCAUAUAUGCUCUGAAUUUCUUAUGAUACCUGCCAGGGGCACUGGUGAGGAGUCCAAGGCAGACUUUCCACUCAGAAGGUAUGAUCCUUACCAUGCCUGCUCCGAGUAGUUUGGGAGAGAAUUCUUCCAGCUAUUUGCCAUCCUUAUUCUAGAUAUACUCCUGUUCCUUUGUCCAUCCACCUUUUUCCUCUACCUUAUAGAGCCACUAGAUGUAACAAGUUAAUGAGUAUGUGUCACGUGAGCAUCCAUUUUGUGCCAUCUCUAUGGCCUGGUCUGUUGGGCUCAACCCUGAAAGAACUCAAUGCAGGAAGUGACCCAUGUAUACAUGAGACAAAGAACCAAUCUGGUACAGUAUGCAGUACAAUUUUGUAGGUCACUGUUAAGAAUCAUUAAAAAAUACUAGUAUUUAGGGGUGGGCUCUGAAAAUCCAUGCUGAGAAGGUCUCUUCUUUCAAUUGUAACCUCUUUAACCAGCAAAAAGUGUCACUCAUCAGUUCAUUCCAAUGUUCUGUUACCCACUUAUAGGUACCAUGUACAUGCCAUGUCAAAUCUUUAAAAUGGAGAAGAGUAAGACAUAGCCCCGGUCCUCAAGACAUCACAAUCUGCGUUAUUUGAUGGAGACUUACAACUGACUGAGUCUGUGAGAAAAGUACCAGGCAUAUUAGCAUGCCAUGAAAUGGGCUGUUAUGAUCAUGGAUUCUGUCUAAUUUUAUAAACGAAAAACUCUUUUGAUGAACUCCAAUUCUGGUGUAAAAUUCAAAUGUGCUAUUAUAUCAAUGGCUCAAGUGACUUCUAGCUGCAGAGGAAAGGACCAAUGUCUUCUGGAGAUGCUAAAAGGGGACACUUUCUACCAUAGUGCCAGUGAGAGAGGAAAUAUCCACUAGGCCCGUAGAAAGGGCUUCCUCCUAUGGACUCAGGACACAGCUAAAAAAGUGCAGACCCAGAUGUUCAGGCAUACAGUUAAGGGCUAACCUCGCCCAUAAAGAUUAAAAGGGUAAUCUUUAAUUAAAUCUGGUAAAGAUUUGUGCCAAAUGACUGAUGAAGAAUGCUAGUUUUAUGUAAGCAACUUUGUGGUUACACAUGGAAUGUAAGGGUGA